AUGGGCUACAAAACCUUCCAAAUCAUUGUGGACAGUCCCACAGGUUCAUAUUAUGCAGGAUCGAAUGUCACUGGUAGGGUCAUUGUUGCUUUAGAAAAACCAAAAAAAGUUAGAGGUCUAAAGAUAGAAUUCUCAGGAAAAGCUAAAGUCUCUUGGUCUGAAACUGAGUCUGUGAGAAAAGACAACAAUGAAACAACUACUGAAACAGUUACCUAUACUGCUGAGGAAGAAUAUUUUUCUAAUAAAUACUAUAUAAUAGGCAGUGAGAGCAAUGAAGUGGAAAUACCUGCUGGAGAAAAUGUCUAUCCAUUCUCCACUACACUGCCUCCUCGACUGCCAACUUCAUUUGAUGGGGAACAUGGCCAUGUUCGAUAUACUAUAAAAGCAACUCUUGAUAGACCAUGGAAGAUGGAUGAAACAACAACUUUGUUUGUAACUGUUGUAACGCCCGUUGAUUUAAAUCUUCUCCCACAAGUUAAAGAACCUAUGAAAAAAGAAGCAAACAAGACAUUCUGCUGUUUAUGUUGUAAAUCUGGACCAUUGACGUUAGCAGGGACAAUUCCCUUUAGUGGUUAUACUCCUGCACAAACAAUUGUUGCUACUAUUGAAGUAGAUAAUGCGAGUAAUGUUAGGAUAUCAGCAGUCAAGUGUAAAUUGAAAAAGGUAUUGAAGUGGAUUGCUAAGUCUCCAAAUUCGAAGGAAAGAAUUGAUAACGUUGAUCUUGUGAAAGUAGAACUAGAUGAAGUAUUACCGAAUGGAUCGAAAUCUUGGACUCAGAACAUAGAUAUUCCGCACAUGCCAUUUCUCAAUCUUGAUGCUUGCUCCAUAAUCAAAGUAGAUUUCUUUUUAGAGAUGGAGGCAUGUGCCACAGGCCCUCAUAAGAACCUGCUAUUAACAUUUCCCAUUACCUUGGGAACUGUACCAUUGUACCAAGUGAAUGGUGUCUCCCAACCAACAGCUGAUCCAAAUAAACCUCUACCACUGUACCCGCCAUUACAACCUUUGCCUGAACCAACAGCUCCCACCGAGAAUGCUGAUAUUGGCUUUAAAGUUACUCCUGCAACAAUUGCUUCACCUACAGCUUAA